UAUAUAUAUAUAUAUAGAAAUACAAUUUCUAAGGGUUGUUUGGAGCAGGCGGGCCUGAUCAUCGGUAGCAUCCAGGAUGUGAAAGAUUUUAUAUUUCCAAGUUCCAGCUAUGAAGCCCUCGCCUCUGUAUCGAUGGUAGCAAUGCAGUUCUACAUGUUCCUGGUCGGCCUCGAUAUGGACCCCCUCUCCCUCCUCUCCACCUCCCCUGACUCCCGCUCCCCCUACAUCGCCUAUGCGAGCGUCGCCACCUGCUCCCUCCUCUCCAUUGUCGCCGCCCCCAUCGUCAAUACCCUCUCCUCCUCCAAACUCGGACACAUCCCCUUCUCCAUCUUCCUCACGCUUUUUCUGUCUAACACCUCCUCCCCAGUCCUUGCCCGCCUCCUCAACGACCUCAAGCUCCUCAAAUCCAACGUUGCCUCGGUUUCCCUCCGCGCCGCCCUCCUAAAUGACAUGAUGUCUCUCUUCUUCACCUUCAUGAUCGUUUCUUAUGUCGAAUUUAUGGGUCGCAACAUCUGGGGUGAGAGCAUUCCCAAGUACCUGGUGCUCUUGAUCGGUGUCGCUGUUGCCACCGCCUUUGCCUUGACUGUUAUCCAUGCUGUCGGCUCGGCUGUCUCCUGGCUGAACGACCACAACCCUGACGGGAAGCCCAUGAACCCCAACCACGUCUCCCUCAUCUUGUUCGUGGUGGUGGUCGUGUGCUCCGGCUUCGAGGCCAUCGGUUUCAGUUCGAUCGUGGGGUCGUUCUUCUUCGGGCUUCUGUUCCCAAAAGAGGGGAGGGUGUCGAGCAUGCUACUCCAGAGUACGAGUUAUGUUCUGUACACAUUUGUGAUGCCGGUGUUUUUGUUUACGGCGAGUGUGGACGCGAACUUGAAGCUGGUGGCGAAUACAAAAGCGUUGGGGUUGCUGGGGUUGGUUUAUGUGCUUGCGGCAGGCGGAAAGCUGGUGGGGACGGUCACUGCCGCGGCGGCGGUGGAUAUGCCUCUCCAUGAAGGGGUGGCGGUGGGUUUGCUCAUGAAUGUCAAGGGGCCGUUCCAUAUGAUGUGCUUCCAUUUUGCCAGGAGGAUGAAUGUGAGUACUCUCUCUUUUCCCUCCCUAACCAACUCUUCCCCUCUCUUUGCAAUGAGCUUUCCUCUUUCUACCAUGCUCUUCCCCCUCGUUACCUCUGUGUCCCUCUUUCACAAUCAUAUCUCAUCAGCUUCCCUCUUCUCAAAAGGUGACUUAAAUUCAGCUUGGCAUUAUGUACCCAUGACCAUGCAGAUCAUCUCAGAAGAGGCGCUCACAGUGAUGGUCCUGGUGGUCCUCCUCAGCGUCAGCACCGUUUGCCCGAUCAUCUCCUUAAUCGUGCGCCGUGCCCGCCGCACAGCCCACUUCAAGUGGGCGGGCCUCGAGUGGCACAACCCAUCAUCUGAGCUCCGGAUCAUGGCGUGCCUCCACAGCCCACGCAAUGUACCCGCCGCCAUCAGCCUCCUCGAGGCUUCCAAAGGAACACCCUCCUCCCCCCUCCUUGUUUAUGCCAUGCACCUGCUCGAGCUCACCGACCGCACCGCCGCCACCAUCAUGUUCAAGGUGCGUGCCGACCCCACUGGCCAUGCCUCUGCUGCCGCCCCCACGGAUGAGGCCUCCAUUGAGAAUGAUGAAAUUGUCCAGGCCCUUGACACAUAUGUCGGCUCCACAUCAGGGCUCACAAUACGCCACCUCAAUGCCAUCGCCUCCUUCUCGACUAUGCAUGAGGACAUUGUGAAUGCAGCCCAGGAUGCGCUCGUGUCGCUCAUAUUAUUACCGUUCCAUAAGGUGCAGAGGGUGGAUGGACGUAUGGAGGAGGUCGCUGGGUCAGCCGGGCCUGGGUUCCAGGGCGUGAACCGCAGAGUCCAAAGGAGUGCCCCGUGCUCGGUGGCGAUCCUAGUGGACCGGGGGAUUGGGGGAGCCACCCACCUCACAGCAGUGCACGUAUCACACCAUGUGGCAGUACUCUUCUUUGGGGGUGCCGAUGACCGUGAGGCCCUCGCGUUCGCAAGUCGCAUGGCGGAGCACCGGGGAAUCAGCAUCGAGGUCGUGCAUUUUAUUCCAAUGGUUGAGGACGAGGACAACAUUUCAGUAGCAGGAGAUGCAGAUGUCGAGAAGGUUUCUGAAAUAGCAGAGAGGGCGAGGGAGAGGAGGCUCGACUGCGAGUUCCUGGAGGACUUUCACACACGAUGCAUAGCGACAGGGCAGGUGGGGUAUUUGGAGAGGAGGGUGGGGAAUGGGGCAGAGAUGGUGGAGGAGCUGAGAGGGAUGGAAGAGAUGUACAAUUUGUUUGUGGUGGGCAGGGGAGAGGGGAGCCGGCCAUCAAAGCUGAUUGAAGGGAUGAGUGACUGGGAUGACUGUCCGGAGCUGGGGCCAGUCGGGGACUUCCUCGCGUCGCCGGACUUCUCAAUCACAGCAUCAGUGCUUGUCAUGAAGCAGCACGCAAGAUCCGCCACCGACGAGGUCGAUGAUGACUUUGAGGUUGUCAUCUAAGGACUGCGCUUUUCCAUCGACAAAAAAAACACCAUCUCUUAUCUUUUUCUUUUUUCCUUCCAUCUCUCUCAUUUUAUUUUUCCUUUUUUAGUCCUACACGAAGACCUCCAACCACUGAUUUAAAAAUAACCAAUGAUGAUCGAGGAAAUGCUGAAUCGCCCUAAUUCUUUCUGAUUUUUAUAUUUUCUUUUAUUUCUCUGUAAGUAGUUGCCCAAUACAAUCUGGUUUUUAUAUUUUCUUUUA